AUGGUGUUUACUACGAAACGUUUCCAGAAAGUGUUCAAAGUGGUUGUUGCGUUUGCUUUAGCAGUCGUGGUGUUGAACAGUAUCCAUGUUUAUUUGAAAUCUGAAAUUGCAACCAAUGAUUAUACAAGUUCAUUGAAAGAGUAUACCCAGCAGUUCAUUGAAGAGUAUGAGGAUACAGGCUCUUCGUACGAUGAUGCGAGACAGGAAGCGAGCCAACAGCAGGGUGACAAGCAAGGAUCACAGACCAAUACCAAUGGUGAUAGUAAUAACAAGAUCAAUGGCGAUAAAAUAAAAAAUAAUAAUAACUAUUAUAACGAAAAUAAUAAUGAUGGUGUUGUAAAGGAUAACGUUGGCGCAAGUUCUACCCCCAGUUCAAAGAAGAAACAGGUCCAAGGGUUUUAUGGUCAAGUUUUCAAGUAUUUGAAGGAAUUUGGUCCUGUUGGAGUUAAUAUUGCUACUUAUAACCAAAAAUGUAGUUUGAACGGUGAUAUUGGGUAUAGGCAAGAGAACACAGACCAGUGGUGGAAACUUACCACUGAAGAGUUGAACAACUGUUUGCAACUUUCUCAAGAACAACGGCUGAUGUUAAAAGAGGCCCAUUCAAAUUACGUUCAUGCAUUGAGUAAAUUAGUGUUGCCCAAGGAUACGUAUAGUGGAGACGGUAUAGUGACAGUUGGUGGUGGUAAAUUUUCGAUGAUGGCUUUCCUUAUCAUUAAAACGGUAAGAAAUUUCGGCACAACUUUACCAGUAGAAGUUUUCAUCCCCCCUAGUGAUGAAGGUGACGACGAAUUCUGUAACGUCUUGUUACCUCAGUAUAACGCUAAGUGUAUCUAUCUGUCAGAUGCUUUCCCACCUGACUUGAUAGAAAAAUCCGAUUUCAAAGGUUAUCAAUUCAAAUCAUUGGCUAUCAUCGCAUCCAGCUUCAAGAAUUUGCUAUUACUAGACGCAGACAAUUUCCCAAUCAAACCAUUGGAUGGGAUCUUUGAAGAAAAAUCCUAUAAGGAUACUGGUCUUAUCCUAUGGCCUGACUUCUGGAGACGUACCACACAUCCAUCAUACUAUAGUAUUGCUAAUACACCUAUCUCAAGCGAAAGAAUCCGUAACACCAUGGACGAUGUCACUCCGCCUUCAGUCUAUACCAAGGAUUUGAAAGAUUUGUCUGACGUUCCGCUACAUGAUCUUGAUGGAACUAUUCCAGAUGCUUCCACUGAAUCGGGUCAAUUGAUGAUCAACAAACUGAAACAUUUUCCAACGGUUUUACUAUCGUUAUACUAUAACGUUUACGGGCCAUCGUGGUACUAUUCUAUCUUCUCUCAGCGUUCCUCAGGUGAAGGUGACAAGGAAACGUUCAUCGCUGCGGCUCAUUUCUAUGACUUGCCCUUCUACCAAGUACGUUCUGAACCCCGUGUUGAUGGGUAUCAUAGGCAUAAUAACGAGGGUUUCCGCGGCGUUUGUAUGUUACAGCACGAUUUCGCCCAGGAUUACAAAAGGUAUCGUCAAGCUCAAAACGAAAUCGGAACCAAAUAUACAAACGAACCCGAUGACUACGAUCCAAAGUAUAAUUAUCAAGAAAAUUACCUCGGUAAGUAUUUCACAAAUGAUCCGGUCGAUGUGAUGUUUGUUCAUUCCCAUCUACCGAAAUUCGACCCCGUUGAACUUGCAUUAUCUCAGGAUUUGAUUCAGGAUGGUAAGCAUAUCAGAUCUUACAGAAACUUGAAAAGAAUGAACGGAUACGAUCUUGAAUUAGAAGUGUUCAAAACUUUCAAAGAGUAUGUCUGUGAUAAAAGGGUACACUUUAAAUACUUCGAGAAAGCAGUUAAACUAGAAUCUAAUUGGGGCAUCAUUUGCAACUACGUAAAUGAAAGAUUAGUUUACCUAAUAGAAAGUCACUCAGAAGCCAUGGAAGGAAGAUUUUAA